AUGUCGCUAGAUGGAUCGGGACUGGCUAUGGCAGAGGUUUAUACGGCGAGGAAGUUUCAUAGAGAGAAGAUGAAGAGUUUAACGGCAAACACAACCACAACUGCCGGUGUGAACAGUGGAAGAUCCGGCAGGUGGUUCUUCGGAAAGCUGAUCACCAAGAAAACCUCUGCUAAAGUUUGUGAUCUUAUAAAUAUAGAAUAA